AUGGGACUCGCAAUCCUUUUCAUCACCAUCUCUUACGAUAUUGCCUGUCAAUGGAAGGUCAACUUGCCAGAACGGAUGCGUCGUCUCCCCGCGCCAAUGCAACAAAAUCUCGAAGAAACCAAGAUUCAAUUUGGUCUUCCGGUUUUCCAUGCGCCUAUCCAUAAUACCGAAUGCAACAACGAAAACCAUCUCGAGCGCCAGCCGGGCACGGCGAAAACUGACGGCGAGGGCAUUGAGCGUGUUUGGUCGGUGCUAAACCCCAUUGCGUUCUCCACCAAGGAAAUGGGCCUGGGCCAUCGCGCGGACGUAAUAGAAGAUCGCGUCGACAACCAUAAUUUCCUCAAGAACCUCGGUCUUGGAAACACGCUCAAACGACGACUUGUUCUAGCGUUAGCAGAACGUUCCCACCAAAUUGAUGCCUUCGAGGCUGUUUCUGAAGGCGUUCAUUCCGAUCUGAUCAAAGAAUGGAAACGUGCGUUGCGUCUGUGGGAAGAGGAUCAUUCCCAGCCAAAUCCAUUUGCGACCAAGAAUCAAAAGUGUCCGACAGAAGCCGAAAUUCGCCUUCAGCUUCAACGAGAGGAGCGUCAACAAAAUGAGGAUGGGUCUGCAACAGUGCUAGGCGGAAGUAUUACAUCGUUCCUCACCGCUGGUAUUCAGAUGGAAGAUCUCCAACAACGCAUCUUCAAUGCAUCUUCAACGCCCAGUCUCCUAACCACCACACAUGAAACCCACGUUGAGCAAUGGCGCCAUACAGUUCUUGCUAAACUUUCUCGAUUCCGCCAACUUCAGUCGGUUUAUAUGCCUGGUGCUGCGACCCUCCUCGAGCGCGACGAAGCCAACCGCGACUCGGAUCUCCCACCUCCAGACCCGGAACAUAUUCAGCUUUACAUGCCUAGUCAAAUGCCGGCUGCUACCGAUGCUGGUGGUCGCUUUGGUUGUCGACCAGGACUUGUGGAGACCGAAGAACGCCUGAGGGUGACGCAAUGCGAGAACUCUCUGGUUGCAAUUCGGUCGGCCUUGAAUGCCAAGCGGUGGCUAAUCGCCUACCGCAACGCACAUCUUGUUGGCCAAAAGCAGACGACCAAAUCGGCUAAGCUCAUUGAGAGCGUAACUGAGCGAUUGAUGCGGCAUGUGCGUCGCUAUCGGCGCGGCUUCGCAGCACUGGGCAAUCUCAAUGCCAUACAUCGCCACCCCCAACUCCGCGAGUUGACCGAUGCGGAUGUCCGCUUCAAUAUGGAUGCCGAUACUGAAGAUGUAGACGCUACCCACAAGCUCAAUGCCAUUGGUGCUCGACGCAAUGCACGCAUCACUCGCUUAGGACGAAACUCGGGGGAAUCCCGACGAACAAUGUCGUGGGUGUGGACAGCUGCAGGUGCUCUUGGAGACGAGGAGGCCGAAUUACAUGAGUCAAUCCGCGUCGAAUGGACAAGAGCUUUGUCGCGGAAGAAGCGCUGGUGUGAAGAGGUCAUGUUGCUGAAGGAGGAGAUGCGGCGCGUGCUGCGAUUCCUUCGUUGGCAAAACGAAUUGGUGGCGAGCCCAUGCCCGCAGUCGCGCUUCCUCAGUGUCAGACGAAGUUCUCCAGGGGUUGAAUGCACCUCAUGGGGAGUUGAUGCCACGCAAAGUUUGCAACAAUUAUCGAUGUUGGAUGGAAUGGCGGAGUUGGAAGCGGCGCACAACUAA